CCCCCUCAGCAGUCCCGGAAGCGUCUCGCCCGGGGCGCUGGCGGUAGCGGUCGCCGUGAUGUCUGCGGGGCUGGGCGGCUGACCGCUGUGGUAGGAGCGGGCCUGGUGCCCUGAGCCUCGACCGCCGCUGCUCGGGCGCGGCGUGCGCCAUGGCCACCUCCGCCGCCUCCUCGGAGCAUUUCGAGAAACUGCAUGAGAUCUUCCGCGGCCUCCAUGAAGACCUACGCGGGGUGCCGGAGCGGCUCCUAAAGAUGGCUGGAACGGAGGAGAAGAAAAAGUUGAUCAGAGACUUUGAUGAGAAGCAACAGGAAGCAAAUGAAACGUUGGCAGAGAUGGAGGAGGAACUGCGUUAUGCACCCCUAUCUUUCCGUAACCCUAUGAUGUCUAAGCUUCGAACCUACCGGAAGGACCUUGCCAAACUCCAUCGGGAAGUGAGAAGUACACCUUUGACAGCCAUACCUGGGGGCCGAGGAGACAUGAAAUAUGGUACAUAUACUGUAGAGAAUGAGCAUAUGAAUCGGCUGCAGUCUCAAAGAGCACUGCUUCUGCAAGGAACUGACAGCCUAAACCGCGCCACCCAAAGUAUUGAGCGUUCUCACCGGAUAGCCACCGAGACUGACCAGAUUGGCUCAGAAAUCAUAGAAGAGCUGGGGGAGCAACGUGACCAAUUGGAACGUACCAAAAAUAGACUGGUAAACACAAGUGAAAACUUGAGCAAAAGUCGAAAGAUUCUCCGUACAAUGUCCAGAAAAGUGGUAACCAACAAGCUUCUGCUUUCCAUCGUCAUCUUACUGGAGGCAGUCAUACUGGGAGGCCUGGUUUAUUACAAAUUUUUUCGUAAACAUUGAGCUGCUACCAGGAGGAGUUUGUGGAUCAAAACUUUAGCCCUAUGAAUGAACGGUGUUAGAGAUGAAACCAUAUUGCUGCUGUGAGCCAGUGGCUCAAGGAUGCACUAUGUAGCCUGACUGUGGGUGGAGGGAGGGAAGACGAAAACCCAGUUAACUGUGAAGAACAGCAACAAGACCAGUAUGCUAUACCAAGGUAAUAAAUGCUGUUUAUGAUGUCUUUAAA